UCUCUCCAAACUCCUCCUUUCCUAUCAUUUUCUAUUCAUUUUCCUCUCUCUCUCUCUCUCUCUCUCCUUUCCUUCCUCGGUUUCACUCGGAAACACAAACCACAUAAAUACAGAAGAAACCAAUCCACCAAUUGUUUACAAAAUUCAACAACAAACAAACAUCUAUAUGUAUACAUGUAGAUAUAUAUAUCACAUAGAGAUUGAAGGGGAGAGAGAGAGAGAGAGAGAGAGAUUUUUAGAGAGAGAAUUUGAGGGAAAUGGGGAUGAGGGAAACAGGGAGCGUGAAUUACAAGGUGUUUGGGUGCAUAAACAGGAAGUUCAGGAUCAACGAGGCUGAGCCACCUCCGGACGUGAAGGACGCCUUUGCCCGGUUCGCCGAUAAGGACUCUCAGACCAUGUCCCCCGAUCACCUCCACCGCUUUCUCCUCCAUUUUCAGGGCGAAGAAACUUCUACCGUCUCCGAUGCCGACCGUUUCAUCCACCAGGUUAUUCAUCGCCGUCAGCACCUCACCAACUACCCUCGCCAUGCUCUCACCCUCCAUGAUUUCUUUCACUCCCUCUUCUUUGAUGAUCUCAAUGGCCCUAUCAAUCCAAAGGUACACCAUGAUAUGACUGCUCCGUUGCAACACUAUUUCAUAUAUACUGGCCACAAUUCCUAUCUAACUGGGAACCAACUGAGCAGUGUUUGUAGCACCUUACCAAUCAUAAAGGCGCUGCAAAGAGGUGUGAGGGUAAUAGAGCUAGAUUUAUGGCCGAAUUCUACAAGAGAUGACAUUCAUGUUCUUCAUGGAAGGACCCUGACUGCUCCUGUGCCACUCAUCAAAUGCUUGAAGUCCAUUAAAGAAUAUGCUUUUGUUAAAUCUCCAUACCCUGUGAUAAUUACUUUGGAGGACCAUCUUACAGUGGACCUUCAGGCCAAGGUUGCAGAGAUGGCCACUCAAACUUUUGGAGAAUUGUUAUAUUACCCUGAGUCAGGGUGCUUAGAAGAAUUUCCUUCACCAGAAGCCCUAAAGCAUCGAAUUGUUCUUUCAACUAAACCACCAAAGGAAUACCUUGAAUCUAAGCAUCCAAAGGACAGAGAAACUACCUCACCAAGAGAGGGGGAUUCAUCUGAAGAAGAAGCAUCACUAAAGGAUUCACCAGACCUAACAGCUGAGCUGAAUCCUGAUGACAAGUGGAAUGACACUGAUCAGGAUGAUGCAGAAAGUGAUGGCUCCGAGCAGAAAUCAGGCCAACUAGAAGCACCUAAAUACAAGCGUCUGAUUGCCAUUCAUGCUGGGAAACCAAAGAAAGGUUUGAAAGAGUCAUUGAAGUUUGGAAUCGAUAAAGUUAAACGUCUUAGUUUGAGCGAAAACGCACUUGAAAAGGCAGCAGCAUGUUAUGGUGCUGAUCUUGUGAGGUUCACACAGAUGAAUAUUAUAAGGGUAUACCCAAAGGGGACCCGAGUCACCUCCUCAAACUUCCAGCCACUUACUGCAUGGAUGCAUGGAGCUCAGAUGGUUGCAUUCAAUAUGCAGGGAUAUGGAAAAUCACUCUGCUUGAUGCAUGGGAUGUUCAGAGCCAACGGAGAGUGCGGUUAUGUGAAAAAACCUGAUUUUCUCAUAAAGAAAGGUCCAAAUAAUGAGGUAUUUGAUCCUAAAGUAACCCUGCAGGUGAAGAAAACUUUAAAGGUGAGAGUAUACAUGGGAGAUGGAUGGCGUCUGGAUUUUAGCCCCACACACUUCGAUGCGUACUCACCUCCAGACUUCUACACAAAGAUACAUAUAUUAGGAGUGCCAGCGGAUGAGGCUAAGAAGAAAACAAAGAUAAUUGAGGAUGACUGGGCACCCGUUUGGGAUGAAGAGUUUACAUUUCCAUUGACGGUUCCAGAGCUAGCUCUGCUUCGAAUUGAAGUACGAGAACACGACAGGUCAGAGAAGGAUGACUUUGGCGGGCAGACGUGUUUGCCAGUCUCAGAGCUAAGAUCAGGUAUCCGGGCUGUCCCACUCUAUGACAAAAAAGGGGAGAAAUUUAGAUCUGUAAAGCUUCUUAUGCGGUUUCAGUUUGUAUGAUUUCCACUUGAGCUCGUAACUAGAUUUUCUGUCCUAGGAAUUGCACAUCCAGUAUUGAUGUGUUUAGUAGAUGUGCAAUUUUAUUAGAAUAUGUAUAAUUAAAAAAAUAAAAUACUUGUAGUGCUGGCUUGUGUUAUCUCCACAGAUGCUAAAAACUAAGUGUUUGUACCAACCACCGGUUUGGUUCCCGUAAAGUCGAAAUAUUUGGUUAGUCAGUCACUUGUCAAUGGUACUGUCUAGUUGUGACUUAGUUUUUUGUUAAAUGACUUCUCGACUCAGCAGUUGGUGAACGUAAUUUGCGAAACAAUUGAUGAUAUUAUUAUGUGAAGUUCAUUAUUCUUA